AUGCAGCACUGGAACUCCACCUUGGGAAGUAGCUUCAUCUUGGUGGGCAUUCUGGAUGGCAGUAGCUUUCCUGCACUGCUCUGUGCUACAAUCACUGCCCUGUACUGUUUAGCCCUGACCAGCAAUGGACUGCUGCUCCUGGUCAUCACAAUGGAUUCCCAGCUACAUGUACCCAUGUACUUCUUGCUGGGGCAGCUCUCUCUCAUGGACCUCCUUCUCACUUCGGUCAUCACUCCCAAGGCUGUCAUGGAUUUUCUGAUCAGAGACAACACCAUCUCUUUCGGUGGCUGUGCUCUUCAAAUGUUUAUGGAACUGUCGGUGGGUAGUGCAGAGGACCUCCUUCUGGCCUUCAUGGCCUAUGACAGGUAUGUGGCCAUUUGUUAUCCUCUGAACUACAUGAUUUUCAUGAGUCAUAGAGUCUGCUGGUCCAUGGUGGCCACAACAUGGAUCCUUGCAUCACUAAGUGCUCUAGGAUAUACCAUCUACACAAUGCAAUAUUCCUUCUGCAAAUCCUGGGAAAUUGGACACCUGUUCUGUGAGAUUCCUUCCUUGCUGAAGUUGGCCUGUGCUGACACCUCUAGAUUUGCAAAUUUGUUUUAUUUGAUGGGUGGAGGCUUUCUAAUUCCCCCUCUUGCUGUUAUCCUGGCCUCCUACUCACUAAUUCUGGUCACUGUGCUCCGCAUGCCCUCAAAUGAGGGCAGGAAGAAAGCCCUUGUCACCUGCUCUUCCCACCUGACUGUGGUUGGGAUGUGGUAUGGGGCUGCAACGAUCAUCUAUGUCCUACCCAGCUCCUACCACAGUCCCCAACAAGACAAUAUCAGCUCUGCCUUCUACACAAUUGUCACUCCAGCUCUCAACCCCCUCAUCUAUAGCCUGCGGAACAAGGAGGUCACUGGGGCUUUGAGGAGAGUCCUGGGAAAACGAUUGUCGUCAACACAUCCCAUCUUCUAG